ACUUGGACAUAACUCAUCACAAAAAAUAGUAAUCAUAAGGGAAAAAACAUUCUCCCAUCCAUGAAUGCAUCAAAUAUAUUAUUUUUGACCAUCAUUGCACUAAUUGUCUCAGUAAAUUUAGCCUUAAAUGAUUCGAAAAUUGUGUUGAAAUCUCAAAAUGUCCUCUCAAAAUCCAAAAUUAUCCACCUUAAUGGAGCAAUUGGACCAGAGAGUGUUGCUUUCGAUCCAAAUGGCGAAGGCCCAUACAUAGGAGUUGGCGAUGGACGAAUUCUCAAGUUGCAAUUAGGGUCACAAAAUCGAUUAUCUUGGAUUGAUUUUGCGGUCACCUCUUCUCAUAGGACGAAUUGUACCUUGCCUUUCGCUCCUGAAAUGGAGCAUGUAUGUGGAAGGCCAUUAGGCUUACGAUUCGAUACCAAAACAGGGGAUUUGUACAUUGCUGACGCCUAUUUGGGACUCCAAGUUGUUGGACCAAAAGGUGGACUAGCUACACCAUUAGUCCAAAAAUUCCAAGGUAAGCCUCUAGUCUUCACAAAUGAUGUUGAUGUCGAUGGUGAUGUUAUUUACUUCACGGAUACAAGCACAAAGUAUCAACGUUGGCAAUUUCUCACAUCUUUUUCAAGUGGAGAUAUGACUGGCAGGCUAAUGAAAUAUGUUAAAUCAACGAAAAAAGUAACAGUUUUAUUAGGAGACCUUGCUUUUGCAAAUGGUAUCGCUUUGAAUAAAAAUCGUUCCUUUGUGCUAGUGACUGAAACUACUAAUUUUAGAAUUUUAAGGUAUUGGCUAAAAGGUCCCCUUGUGGGAACACAUGAUAUAUUUGCUGACUUGCCGGGAUUUCCCGACAACAUCAGAAUAAAUUCCAGAGGGGAAUUUUGGGUCGCACUGCAAGCAAUAAGAUCAGUAUCGAGUAUUUCAGGAUUGGGAAAGUUCCGGUUCACCCCACAGCAAAUGGACGAAGGGCAGCUGCAUCCUACCGCGAUCAAGCUAAGUGAGGAUGGGCGCGUUUUAGAGGUUUUGGAAGAUGUUGAAGGCAAGACAUUGAGGUCUAUAAGUGAAGUUGAGGAGAAAGAUGGAAAGUUGUGGAUUGGUUCUGUUGUGAUGCCCUUUUUACGAGUUUAUGGAUUAUGAAUUUAAUUUUCUAGAGACCGCACUAUGUGUAAUUUAAGUUAUAGUUGAUGAUUUCACUCUGUUGUUAUUACUUAGCAUUUGGUUCUUCAGUUGUGUGAGGCACAAAAAAAGAAAAUUUUUCGAACUUGAAUAAUACUCUAUCACUAGCUAGCAGUAAGUAGUAACACAUAUUUGUAAUAUAAUUUUGUCAUUUCUUUCAAAUGUUUGGUGAGUAUAACAAUGUUGUUGUUGUUUUCAA